CGCCAUGGCCCGGCUGGCGGAUUACUUCGUGCUGGUGGGCUACGAGCUGGACAAGCGCGGGAGCAGGGAUGGCCAGGGACAGAUACUCCAGCGCUUCCCGGAGAAGGACUGGGAGGAUAACCCCUUCCCACAGGGCAUUGAACUGUUUUGUCAGCCGAGCGGUUGGCAGCUCUUCACCGAGCGGAAUCCCCCCUCCUUCUUCGUUGCUGUGCUGACGGACAUCAGCUCCGAGCGGCAUUACUGCGCCUGCUUCACUUUCUGGGAGGCUGUCGAGAGUGCCCAGUCUCAGAGCCACUCAAGGAAUGGUGAGGAGGAGGAAGAGGAGUUGUCAUCCCUCGUCCAGCCUGCGCAGCUCUUUGCCCCUAAGAGUUUGGUGCUAGUGUCACGACUGGACCAUACUGAGGUUUUCCGGAACAGCCUGGGUUUGAUUUACACCAUCUACGUGGACGGGCUGAGUGCAUCGCUGGAGAACGUCAUUGGAAACCUCUUGACAUGCACCAUCCCCAUUACAGGGGGAGCUCAGAGGACGAUCUCUCUAGGGGCAGGCGACAGGCAGGUGAUCCAGACGCCCAUCAAUGACUCUCUCCCCGUCAGCAGCUGCAGCGUAGCAGUGCUCUUCCGGCAGCUCGGGAUCACCAACGUGCUGUGUCUCUUCUGUGCUGCACUCACCGAACACAAGAUCCUGUUUCUCUCCAGCAGUUACCAGAGACUCACAGACGCCUGCCGGGCCCUGCUUGCGCUCAUGUUCCCCCUCAAGUACAGUUUCACGUACGUGCCCAUCUUACCUGCACAGCUCCUUGAGGUGCUCAGCACUCCCACACCCUUCAUCAUUGGAGUCAGCUCCAUCUUCCACUCAGAGACGCAGGAACUGUUGGAUGUCGUCAUAGCAGAUCUGGAUGGUGGGACGGUGACCAUCCCAGAGUGCAUUCACAUCUCCCUGCUGCCUGAGCCACUGCUCCAUCAGACACGAGAAGCCCUCUCCAUGAUCUUGGACCCUGAGCUGGAGGUAGCAGACUUAGCAUUCCCCCCAUCAACCGUCUCUGCCCCCUCCCUCAAAAUGCAGGACAAGGAGAUCCGAGCUGUCUUCCUCCGCUUGUUUGCACAGUUGCUGCAGGGCUACCGCUGGUGCCUGCACAUCAUCCGCAUCCACCCAGAGCCAGUCAUCCGCUUCCACAAGGCAGCCUUCCUCGGUCAGAGGGGGCUGGUGGAGGAUGACUUCCUCACCAAGGUCCUGGAGGGCAUGGCGUUCGCUGGCUUUGUGACCGAGAGGGGCGCCCCAUACCGAGCAAUUGACCUGUUUGAUGAGCUGGUCGCCCAUGAAGUGAAGCGGAUGCGUGCCGAGGAGGGGAGCAAGCAGAAAAUACUGCGGCACAUCAAGGAGCUGGCGGAGCAGCUCUAUAAAAACGAGAACCCAUACCCCGCAGUGACGAUGCACAAGGUGCAGAAGCCCACAGAAGGCUGCUACCUGCGCUUACACCAGAGGCCUUUUCCCCGCUUGGACGAGGGGACAGUCCAGUGGAUCAUCGACCAGGCCACUGCCAAGCUGCAGACAGCCCCGCCGGCUGUGAAGGCGGAGAAGAAGUGUAUGGUGCCAUCGGGACCCCCCAUUGCUGCCAUCAUGGAGCGCAAUGGCAGUGCCCUGGCCAACAGCGCCCGCCGCCUGGAGGUGGUCAGGAACUGCAUCUCCUACGUCUUCGAGAACAAGAUGCUAGAAGCCAAAAAGCUGCUUCCAGCUGUGCUAAGGGCCAUGAAGGGCCGAGCAGCCAGACACUGCCUGACUCAGGAGUUGAACCUGCAUGUGCAGCAGAACAGGGCUGUACUGGACCACCAACAAUUUGACUUCAUUGUCCGCGUGAUGAACUGCUGUUUACAGGACUGCACUGCCAUGGAUGAGCAUGGGAUUGCAGCAGCACUUUUGCCACUAGUCACUGCUUUCUGCCGAAAACUGAGCCCGGGCAUCACGCAGUUUGCCUACAGCUGUGUGCAGGAACAUGUCGUGUGGACCAACAUCCAGUUCUGGGAGGCCAUGUUCUACUGUGACGUGCAGAACCACAUCCGAGCCCUUUACCUGGAGAGCAAUGAGGAGAACCACGUGGAUGAGGUGAUGGGGCGGCAGGAAUACCAGUCCCAGGCCGAAGAGAAAUCUGCCCUGGAGAUUGCGUCGGAGCAGCGGAGGCUGUGGCCUACCAUGAGCCGGGAGAAGCAGCAGGAGCUGAUCCAGAAGGAGGAGAGCACGGUCUUCAGCCAGGCCAUCCACUACGCCAACCGCAUGAGCUACCUGCUGCUGCCCCUCGACACCAGCAAGAACCGGCUGCUGCGCAGCUCGGGGCUAGGCGACGUGGAGAGCGUCAGCAACAGCUUCGUCACCAACAGCAUUGCCGGCAGCGUGGCCGAAAGCUACGACACGGAAAGUGGGUUUGAGGAUGCCGAGAGCUCCGACGUGGCCAACUACGUGGUACGCUUCAUCAACCGCUUCGUGGACAAGGUGUGCACGGAGAGCGGCGUCACCAACGAGCACCUGAAGGGGCUGCACAUCAUGAUCCCUGACAUCGUGCAGAUGCACAUCGAGACACUGGAUGCUGUGCACAGGGAGAGCAAGAGGCUCCCUCCUAUUCAGAAGCCCAAGCUGUUGCGCCCCAGCCUGCUGGUGGGUGAGGAGUGUGUCAUGGAAGGGCUCCGCGUGUACCUCAUGCCUGACGGACGUGAAGAAGCUGCCGGAGGGAAUAUUGGGGGCCCCCCACUGCUCCCCGCCGAAGGAGCCAUCUUCCUCACCACUUACCGCAUCGUUUUCAAGGGCACCCCCACGGACCCGCUGGUGGGGGAGCAGGUGGUGGUCCGGUCCUUCCCCAUUGCCUCAUUGACCAAAGAGAAGAAGAUCAACGUCCAGGCCCAGGUGGAUCAGUUCAUCCAGGAGGUGCUGCAGCUGCGCUCAUGCACAUUCCAGUUGCUGCGGAUCGCCUUUGACGAGGAGGUGGCUUCAGAGAGCGCCGAGGUCUUCAGGAAGCACCUGCACAAGCUGCGCUAUCCCCAGCAUGUACGCGGCACCUUCGCCUUCACCGUGGGCCAGUCACCCAAGCAAGCCAUGCAGCCCAAGGCCAAGGAGAAAAACCCCUCACUCAGGACGCUUUCCAAGAACCUGAUGAAGAAUGCCAAGAAAACCAUUGGCCGACCGUACGUGACCCGCAAGAAGUACACGCCGCCUACCUGGGAGCAGCGCAGCAGUCAGCACUUCCAGGAGGAUGACGAGGAUGAGAUCUCAGUGUCUGAAGAGAUAGACAGGAGCACCCUGACCCCCUCCACCAUCAUCAAACCUUCAGACAAGAUGACGAUGAGCCACCUAGUCGAGCGAGCCUGCUGCCGCGACUACCAACGCAUGGGGCUGGGCACGCUGAGUAAUAGCCUCACCCGUUCCAAGAAUGAGCCCUUUCGCAUCUCCACGGUGAACCGCAUGUACGCCGUCUGCCGGAGUUACCCGGGGCUGCUGAUCGUCCCGCAGAGCAUCCAGGACAACACCAUCCAGAGGAUCUCGCGCUGCUACCGCCAGAACCGCUUCCCUGUCAUCUGCUGGAGGAACUCCCGCACCAAGGCCGUGCUGCUGAGAUCGGGGGGGCUGCACGGCAAGGGUGUUGUGGGCCUCUUCAAGUCGCAGAACGCCCCUACUGCAGGCCAGUCGCAAACGGACUCCACCAGCCUGGAGCAGGAGAAGUACCUACAGGCAGUGAUCAACUCCAUGCCGCACUACGCUGACGCCAGCGGGCGCAAUACGCUCAGCGGCUUCACCUCUGCGCACAUGAGCAGCGCGGCGCUAGGUCCCAGAGCUAGGGUGGUCACUCUGUCCACCCCCAAGGGCGUAUCGGCGAAGGGCCGUGAAAGUCCCCGAGGCAAGUGGGGCAGCAUCCGGGCCAGCGGGCGCAUGAGCAACUAUGUCUUGAACAUGGAAAUCGGGUCCCGCCUGGCUGGGAAGGACCUGCUGAGCGCUCAGCACAAUGGGGCCCCCUCUGAGGCCAGCUUCCUGCGCCAGCACCGGGCCUCUCUCUACAUCAUUGGGGACAAGUCGCAGCUGAAGGGAGUGAAGCCAGACCCACUGCAGCACUGGGAGGUGGUGCCCAUCGAGGUGUUUGACGUGCGGCAGGUGAAGGCCAGCUUCAAGAAGCUGAUGAAGGCCUGCGUGCCUGGCAGCCCCUCCACAGACCCCAGCCUCGCCUACCUGCGGACCCUGGAGGAGUCCGAAUGGCUGUCCCAGAUCCACAAGAUCCUGCAGAUCUCGGUGCUCGUGGUGGAGCUGCUGGAUACAGGUUCCUCUGUGCUGGUCAGUUUGGAAGAUGGCUGGGAUAUCACCACGCAGGUGGUGUCCCUGGUGCAGCUUCUGUCAGACCCCUACUACCGGACGAUGGAGGGCUUCCGGCUCCUCGUCGAGAAGGAGUGGCUGUCCUUCGGGCACCGCUUCAGCCACCGCGGAGCCCAGACCCUCGCUGGUCAGAGCAGCGGCUUCGCUCCUGUCUUCCUGCAGUUCCUGGACUGUGUCCAUCAGAUCCACCUCCAGUUCCCCAUGGAGUUUGAGUUCACCCAGUACUAUCUGAAGUUCCUCAGCUACCACUACGUCUCCAACCGGUUCCGCACCUUCCUGCUGGACUCGGACUACGAGCGGAUCGAGCUGGGCCUCCUGUAUGAAGAGAAGGGCGAGCGGAAGAGCCAGCAGGUCUACAAGUCCAUCUGGGAUUACAUCGACCGGCUGAACAAGAAAACCCCUGUCUUCUUCAACUACAUGUACGCCCCCGAGGAUGGUGAGGUGCUGAGGCCCUACAGUAACAUCUCCAACCUGAAGGUGUGGGACUACUACACCCAGGAGGUCCUGUCCGAGGGCCCCUCCUACGACUGGGAGCUGGUGCAGGGGCAGCCAGAGCACGUGGAGGAGGUGGAUCGGCAGGACUCCAGUGCCCCGCAGACCAAGCGCAAAAUCAUCUGGCCGUGCUACGACAACCGCAGCCGAGUGGAGCCCGACGCCAUCUCCAAGCUGCUGGAGGAGCUGCACAACCUGGAGGCGGAGCUGGGCCAGGUGCCGGAGCGCUGGAAGGACACGUGGGACAAGGUCAAAGCCUCCCAACGCACAGAGGCCCGGCAGGAGGCCAGCAGGAUGGCGUCCAGUUCCCUGCUGAUGUCCUCCAGCCUGUUGCCCCACCGGCGCUCGCUGGGGGUCUACCUGCAGGAGAGCAGCGUGGGCUCCACCCUCAACCUCAGCCUGGACAGCGACACCAGCAGCACCUCCACCCCAUCCAGCGGGAAGCAGGGGGGCCGCAAGAGCACCAGCAACCUCUACAGCCAGUUCCAGAUGUCGGAGAGCGAGAACAGGUCGUACGAGGGGACGCUCUACAAGAAAGGAGCCUUCAUGAAGCCCUGGAAGCCCCGCUGGUUCGUGCUGGAUAAAACCAAACAUCAGCUGCGGUACUAUGACAACCGGAUGGACACAGAGUGCAAAGGGGUCAUUGACCUGGCAGAAGUGGAAUCCAUCACCCCCGGCACCCCCACCAUGGGGGCCCCCAAGACAGUGGAGGAGAAGGCCUUCUUCGACCUGAAGACGACAAAACGAGUUUACAAUUUCUGUGCCCAGGACGUGCAGCUGGCCCAGCAGUGGAUCGACCGCAUCCAGAGCUGCUUGUCGGACGCGUGA